AUGAGGCUUGGGUCCGCGGCGGGUAAUGCUGUAGUAACCAUAGUCGGUCCCACCGCAGUCAGGACUACUGAAGCUGAAACCGUGGUAAUGGCGAUAGCAAAAUGCUGCACAGGCCCCAUGGCUGGGUCCAUUGCUGAGUUGAAGGAAAGUUUGAGUCCUCGCAGAGGGGGCACGAUCAUCAGCAAUCAAGACCACUUCGCCCAGUUGCCAUCGACAAUGCUUCCAUUGUAUUCUGAGUCUGUGGGAUGCUUCAGGCCAGGGUUUAAUCAUCAAAAACAAUACAACGAGCUACUGUUGAGCAUUCGGUCGGACCUGGGCCCGCAGAGAUGUAUCAGCAACGAUGAAGCACAGUGGAAGAAGUUUGUGGUCCAGAUGGGCCUCGGCAACAGCAACCAUAGUCUGUGA